CAUUUCCCCAUCUCAUGUGUUCCCUUGCCAAAUCCUGAACCGAAGCUGCCCCUCGAAGUGGUGACCACACCCAGCCGAGUGCUCAUCCUCACCAAGGCCAGGAUUCCUCGGAGGUUGUCUCGGCCAUGUGGUGCCCGUUCCCUACUCCUCGCAGAACUCCUACCAGAAGGAGUGAAGAUUCAACCUGAAGUGGUGACUGAAGAGGAAUCUACUCCAGUGCCUAUUCAUCAAGUGGAUGGAGCUAUCUAACUGGUUAUUGGGUAGAAAGGUAUUAAGCCUCUUCACUGCAACAAAGGCAAGCCCCGAUGCAUUUACCCCUUCCUUGUAUUUUUAAAAAGACUUUUAUACACUUAAGUCUAGUGAAAU